GCGUGCUUGGGCUUUUGUGUACUUCACCUCGGGGCUUGACCGCUUGUGGCAGUCUUCUCUCCUCCUUCCCGUCUCUCUGUGUAGACGGGCAGACAAAGAUACCUUGGCAUAGACUGCUCUUGUCGAAAGAGUGCCAGGGAAUAUAUUUGCGCUUGAGUUGUGUCAUCGGAUGAGCCUUUUCUCAUGUGCAUGGAAUAAAGCGUAACAGACUGGCAAUGUGACUUUUUUUAGGCCGUUGCUGACAUGUGGUUUACUGGAAGAAGAACAGACGGAACAAGGCUGGAGAUGUAGCUUCUGCUGUUCCUUCCAAAUAAAGGGCAUUUGUUCCUUGCCAGAGGGAUUGACCACAAAGAGUCGCCAAGAUAGCUGGCCCGGGAAGAAAGCGUCGCACCCCUGACCCAGACUCCGUCACCGACCCCGGCGGGCCGUUUGUCUCAUCCAAACGGUUGAAAAUGUCCAAUAGUGCCAGUGUCCCUGGCCAGAGGAGAACAGCAGCACGGGGAGCUGAGGAUGCGACCAAUAAGAAGAAGCAAAAGGACCGAGCCAAUCAGGAGAGUAAGGAGGGUGAGAGGCCAGUGAGCAGUGACUCAAAGAAAGACCUGCUGCUGGACUGGAAGCAGAAUGCUCAUGAGGUAAUCGUGAAGCUGAACUUGGGCAGUGGGGCCCUGAAGAUAGAAGAAGUGGAUACGUCUUUCACAGAUACCAGCUGUGUGGUCAAGUUACCUGAUGGCCGUCAGUGGAGCUGCCAGUUUUAUGAGGAGAUUGAGAGCUCCUGCAGCAAAGUCCAGUACAAAAAGGGCAACAUCCUCCAUCUGGUGGUGCAGAAAAAGAUCCCUUUGCAUACCUGGGCUUCACUCUUGAAGCGCUGCAAAGAUGCCUCGAAGGAGCAGGCCAAGAGAACUGUAUGUAAGGAGAACGGCAAGGAGAAGCCCCCUUUGUCAGAGGCAGCUUCUGAGGAGCCCCACGCCGAUGGUAGUGUGGAGCCAUCCCGGGGCAAACGAGAGCCCUCCAACUCCAAGCGAGCCUCUGGGAGGAAUGAGCCACCAGAACGGAAGAACCCAGCCAGCCCUGGACUACCAAGUGGCCCUAGUGCCAAAAGGGCUGUGUACGUCAAAGCCACUCUGUCUGAGGAGGAAGGGAACAGCAGCUGCACAGGGAGCUCAGGGCUCAGUGAGGUUAUUGGCAAUCACAGGAAUGGCCAGGGGGGCCAGGGGGAUGCCCCGGUGGACCUGAAGGCUAACAACCUAGACAAGGAGUCAGUACCCAUGGAAAUGCAGCUGCCUGCACCACCUGCAGACUCACCACCCUGUCAGCUCGAGUCCUGCCCAGAGAAGAGGGUACCAUCACCAGCAAGCUCCUCUGAGGCUCCACAGGGGCCAGAAGCUGCAUCUGCCUUCAAUGAAGGCCACUCCUCUUUGCCAUCCAUGAACACUGAGAAGAGAGACUGGUCCCAGGAUAGUGAUGCUUUAGAGGUGGUUACUAAUGAACCAGAGCCUAUUGUGAACCUGACAUUUGUGAAGAAUGACUCGUAUGAAAAAGGGAAUGAUUCUAUGGUUGUGCACAUCUAUGUGAAGGAGAUUCACAAAGAGACAUUCAAGGUGCUUUUCCGGGAGCAGGAUUUCACACUGUUGUUCCAGACCAGUGAUGUCAACUUUCUGCGACUGCAUCCUGACUGUGGCUCCCAUACAAUGUUCAGGUGGCAAGUGAAACUCAGGAACCUCAUAGAGCCUGACCAGUGCACAUAUAACUUCACCACUGCUCGCAUUGACAUCUGCUUGAAGAAGCGGCACUGCCAGCGCUGGGGGGGCUUGGAGGCUCCUGCCGCACGAGUGGGUGGUGCAAAGGUUGCCAUGCCAACAGGUCCUACCCCUCUGGAUAAAAGCCAACCUGGGAGUAACCAGCACCCACUGUCCACUAAGGAGGAGGCACGAGCAGGUGAGAAGGAAAAGCCACGAACAGAAGAUACUGGCCUGGAUGGCGUAGCUGCUCGAACAGUGUCGGAGCAUGUGCCGGUGAAGCAGGAACCACAUGUACCCUCGCCCAAGCCGACAUGCAUGGUCCCACCAAUGACUCACAGCCCAGUCAGCAGUGAAAGUGUGGAGGAGGAGGAAGAAGAGGAGGAUAAGAAGGUCUGCCUGCCAGGCUUCACAGGCCUGGUGAACCUGGGUAACACCUGCUUCAUGAACAGCGUUAUCCAAUCCCUUUCCAACACCCGGGAGCUACGGGACUAUUUCCAUGAUCGCUCCUUUGAAUCUGAAAUCAACUCCAGCAACCCACUGGGAACUGGGGGGCGCCUGGCUACUGGCUUUGCCAUGCUGUUGAAGGCUCUCUGGAAGGGCACACACCAUGCCUUCCAGCCUUCAAAGCUGAAGGCAAUUGUGGCCAGCAAAGCCAGCCAGUUUACAGGUUAUGCUCAGCAUGAUGCCCAGGAAUUCAUGGCUUUCCUGCUGGACGGGCUCCACGAGGACCUGAACCGCAUCCACAUCAAGCCCUACACUGAGACAGUGGAUUCAGAUGGGCGACCUGAUGAGGUGGUUGCAGAAGAGGCCUGGCAACGACACAAGAUGAGGAAUGAUUCCUUCAUUGUGGACCUGUUUCAGGGCCAGUACAAGUCCAAGUUGGUGUGCCCUGUAUGCUCGAAGGUGUCUAUCACGUUCGAUCCCUUCCUGUAUUUGCCCGUCCCCCUCCCCCAGAAGCAGAAGGUGCUGACAGUCUAUUACUUCGCAAAAGAACCCCACAAGAAACCUGUAAAGUUCCUAGUGAGCAUUAGCAAAGAAAAUUCUACUGCCAUGGAGGUGUUAGAGUCGAUAUCCCAUAGUAUGCGAGUGAAUCCUGAGAACUUGCGCCUUGCUGAAGUAAUCAAGAACCACUUCCACCGCAUGUACCUGCCUUCCCAGUCGCUUGACUGUGUCUCCCCCACAGACCUUCUGCUGUGCUUUGAGGUACUUUCUCCUGACCUGGCGAAGGAGCGUGUGGUGGAGCUGCAGGUUCAACAGCGCCCUCAGGUGCCCAGUGGGCCCAUCGCCAAGUGUGCCGCCUGCCAGAAGAAGCAGCAGUCAGAGGAGGAGAAGUUGAAGCGCUGCACUCGGUGCUACCGUGUCGGUUAUUGCAACGUAGAGUGUCAGAGGAAGCACUGGCAUGACCACAAAGCUUCGUGCCGCCCAGAGAACAUCGGCUUCCCUUUCCUCAUCAGCGUGCCAGAGUCACGCCUCACCUAUGCACGGCUGGCUCAGCUCUUGGAGGGUUAUGCCAGGUACUCUGUCAGUGUGUUCCAGCCACCAUUCCAGGUGGGCAGGAUGUCACCUGAGCAAAGCUUGCAGCCCCAGCUUCCUGAGAAACAGGAACCUCCUGCCAGGAGCAGCUGUGCUACAGCCAUGGCUGCUGCCACCGCCUCAGCAACCGCCAGCAUGGAGUCGGGAGAUAGCACCAGAGCUCCACACCUCUUGCAGGAACCCCAAGCAUCUCCCUCAGCCCCUGAGCUACAGCCUGAGCUGGGGGACACCAGUGCUGUGAGGAGCAAGGUUCCCACCGGAAGAAGCUCCUUGCUGAGCUUGGACUCGGGCUUCUCUGAGCCUCCUUUGGAUGCACGGGCCGAGGGCUGUGUGGAGAAGGAGCUUCAUUUUGAGAAAGCCUCCAAGCCUGAAGCUGCCAUCCCUGGUUACCAGCAUCCAGCCGAGGGGCCGAGUCCCCAUGCCACCCAGUUCUACAUCAACAAGGUUGAUGCAGCCAACAAAGAGCAGAAGCUGGAGGAUAAGGGAGAUGCCCCACUAGAUCUGACCAAUGACUGCUCCCUCGCGCUGGUGUGGAAGAAUAAUGAGAGGAUGAAGGAAUUUGUGCUGGUUGAGUCCAAAGAGCUGGAAUGUGUGGAGGAUCCAGGCUCGGCCAGUGAGGCAGCCAGGGCUGGCCAUUUUACCCUUGAACAAUGCCUCAACCUCUUUACCAAACCAGAGGUGCUGGCCCCAGAGGAGGCCUGGUACUGCCCGAAGUGUAAGCAGCAUCGUGAGGCGUCGAAGCAGCUCAUGUUGUGGCGCCUACCCAAUGUCCUCAUCAUCCAGCUCAAGCGCUUCUCCUUCCGCAGCUUUAUCUGGAGGGACAAGAUCAACGACAUGGUGGAUUUCCCUGUCAGAAGCUUGGACCUGAGCAAGUUCUGCAUUGGCCAGAAGGAUGAGCAGCAGCUGCCCAUGUAUGACCUCUAUGCAGUUAUCAAUCACUAUGGGGGAAUGAUUGGCGGACACUACACAGCCUACGCCCGGCUGCCCAGUGACAAGAACAGUCAACGCAGUGAUGUGGGUUGGAGGCUCUUCGACGACAGCACUGUCACAACAGUGGAUGAAAGCCAGGUGGUGACCCGAUAUGCCUACGUGCUUUUCUACCGCCGGCGGAACUCUCCUGUAGAGAGACCUCCCAGAGGGCCACCCCACCCUACAGAUCCUCGGGCUGAAUUGGCCCCAUCUGCUGAGGCAGCAGCCAAUCAGGCUUCUCUGCUCUGGCAGGAACUGGAGGCUGAAGAGGAAGCUGCCAGGAGGCUGAUGGGGAACGCCUGGAGGCCUUGUAGCCGAAAAAUGAAACGCCUCACCUCGGAGUGUCCUGAUGAAGGCCGUGUCCGAUAUUUUGUCCUAGGCACCAUGGCGGCCAUUGUGGCACUUUUCUUGAAUGUCUUCUACCCACUCAUCUAUCAAACUCGCUGGAGGUAGCAGCCAGCAGCAGCAAAUCACCAGGAGGGAGGCAGGCAGCUUACUUCCACCUGGGCUCUCCCUCCUUUAUAUCUUUUUGGUGAGGGGCUGGGAAGCUCCUUGCCAGGUAGGUGUAGGAAGAAGCCCUUGUGCCAAUAUCUCCCUGUGGAGAAGAUGCCAAUUCCAGGGCCUGCUCUAUCCCACUUGACUGACUACAUGGAUUUAUAAUCUGGGAAGAGUCCUUCUGGUUCACUGCCUAGGGAAUCUCAGUUGGACUGACUUCUGUCCUAAAUAGCUCCUGUAGACCUUGGCCCUUGCACAGUAAGUGCUGGCAAAUACAUGUAUUCUGAUGGGAGCUGCAGAUGCACAUCUGUCCCUGUAGCUGGAUGCAAUAUGUUUGCUUUGAUCACUCUGUCUUGGGUCAGUCCAUCCCCUCAUUGGUGCCUAGUUUCUGGAGGUUGUACCAGCUUUCCAAGUUGGGCAUUAUCCCAGUGCUCGAAGCAAGAUGGAGUAAGAUCUUUGGCCCACCAUUUUGAAUGGGUGUCUGCUUCUUGAGGGCUGGUGGGUAGGGGAAUAGGCAUUGCUGAUUCUUCCAGGUAUUGGUGGAUUGGGUUGGAUUCCUUCUCCCCGAUGAUGGAUUGGCUUGCAGCCUGGUCUUCUCCCCUCCCCCCCUCCGGCCCCCACCACUUUAGAUGUUUUCUCUCUAGACGUGACACUGGACUGCAAUGUAGAGUGCAAAUGGGAAUUUGUCUUCUCAUCCUGUUCCUCAAGCAAGGCCUGUGUUAUGUUAAGCAGUCUGUAACAAAGGGCUACAGCAGAACUGAAGACACUACUUUGAUUUUAUAUGUUGGCUCCUGUACGCAUCUCUGAGAAUGCAUAUGCAUUUGUCUCUUCCCACAUGUAGUAGUGAAAGAGUGUGUCAUUGGAGUUGCAAGUCUGUGUUUUUGAUUUAGUCGCACAAACCAUGCUUCCUCACACAUAAUACAGCAUCUCUCCUGUGUCUCUAGACCACAGAUUCAUCCUUAGUUUCCCUAAUGUACGCUUUGACUGCAGCCAGAUGACUAAAAGUUGUCUUGCACAUUUGUUCUCUAGGGGAAAUAAUCCUUUGCAACGUCCUCCUUUUGGUUUGUGUAUGAUUGACUGCUCCUAUUGGUCGUAUGUUUUAUGGAAAUCUAAUGAAAGCUCUUAAAAAUUUCCCAGCACUUUUGAAAAGGCUUUUUCUGUCUGCCAGGGCCCAGAAGGUUAACUGGUGCACAUUGCGGCUGUGCCCCAGGCAGUAUCCCCUGGGCCAAAGAGCACGGCCUGACCUAUAUGUGGUUAUGGUGGGGGGCAUUUCCAGUGGCGCAAAGGGAAGACCCCCCUGCCUUGCUUGGUGGAGAAAGGCACUGCAUUGUGAAAAAGCUUUUGCUGUAUUUAUUUAUUGUAUUUAAUAAAACCUAAACUGUUCCAAAAAGAUGGUUUGACUGCUUUCUUUGCUCAUCUGUUGCUCUGUCACUUAAAGCACCUGCUUUGUAAAGUUAUCAGGAGAAUUAUGCCGGGCC